AUGUCGCUGUCACACCAUGUGCUGGACAUGUCACCGCCUCCACAGGGACCUUCCCCUCAGGCACGAGGCUCAUCCUCACCCAGGGUUGGUGGUCUGGAGACCGAGCCAAGGGACGACCGGCGGAGAGGAAGACUCAACGCGGAACUGCUUAUAGAGGUCUUGGCUGGAAACACAGAUUCAGUAAAAAGGUAUCUAGAAACAGGGUCAUCAGUCAACGCCACAUGUCGCCCAACCCUUACCUCCGCACUACAUCUAGCAGUGGCUUGCAGACAUGAGGACAUCGCAAGACUGCUGCUGUCCUGGGGGGUAGACGUCCUGCGACGUGACCUGGAGGGUAGACAGGCCAUCCAUGUGGCAGCAGCUGUCGGCGAUCCAGUUUUGUUACGUCUGCUGCUGCAACAAGAUCCCGACAUGGUCAACAGUCAGGUGGUGCCCUCACAUGAGUCUGAGGACACACUGAGUCUAGACUGCUGGAGCCACGAUCAUAGCUCUGUCUCUGACAAGGUUGUAUGA